CAUGGUGACUGCGACACUACUCUUCGCUAUGACCACUGCCUGUGAAUUUCUCAUGACGAGCUUUCAAAUGGACAUCUUCAACUUGUUCGGCUGCCGAGGACGCACCAUGCUUACUGGCUACGUAUUCAAAAAGGUCACGUCAAUGUCCACUCUGACGAGAGCACGCUACACGGCAGGUCGCAUCAGUUCGAUCCUCUCAGUCGACUGUUGGCAGGUGGGCACCUGCUGCUUUACUGUUCCCUUGCCACUGUUUGGAGCCUUGUCGCUUCCCUUGGUGUUCUGGAUGCUCGCAACGCGGGCGGGCGUCGGCCCUUCGCUCUGCUGCGCUGCGUGGACCGUUAUUGUUCUCUGCCUUCCCCUGUUCUUCUCCUCCUACCAAAAGUUCAUAUGGGGAAAAGUGAUAUCUGCUCGCGAUGAGCGACUGAAGGUCAUCACAGACAUGCUGGCCACAAUCCGAGUCGUCAAGAUGUACGCCUGGGAAGACACCCUCCAGGAGAAUGUCACACGCUUCAACGAAAGGGAGCUGAAGUGGCUUUUCCGAGUGAACCUUUUGGACGCCAUCUUGGACUGUAUUUACUCAUCCACAAGCUCUGUGCUUAUGAUCAUCUUAUUCUCGACGCUACCGCUACUAGAACCGGACAUCAUUCUCACACCAGCAUUGGCUUUCUCUUGUGUGUCUUUGUUGUAUACAACAGACCUCGCCAUGAGCACCAGCGGACAGGCCCUGAGAAAUCUCAGCCAAGCAACUUUAGCGCUCAGGAGAAUCGCCGAGUUUUGUACUGCCGACGAACAGGACAACUCCUUUUCUGAUUGCAAGACAUCAGUAUCAGCGAAGAAAGUUUGUGAUAAAUGCAUUCAGAGAUGGAGAAAUGUUCCUUCUCUUGGGCUCAUUCCUGACUGUGGUGCAUGCGAAGCCCAACUUGAAGACGUCAGCCUAGAAGUAAAACCCGGGUCCUUGGUUGGCGUCGUCGGAUUUGUAGGUAGCGGCAAAUCCACGCUGCUCGCUGCCAUAUUGGGUGAUCUGCACGUCAUAGAAGGCACAGUCAAAUACACGGGCCGUACAGCGUAUGCUCCACAGCUGCCUGCCAUUCACAACAUGACCGUCAGGGACAACAUUCUCUACGGCAAUGCAUUAGACAUGGACUUGUACCACCGUGUUAUCCGAAGCUGCCAGCUCACGAACGACAUCAACAGCCUUGCUGCUGCGGAUAUGACUGAAGUUGGCGAAAAGGGAACCAAUCUCAGUGGUGGCCAAAAGCAGCGAAUUUCCAUCGCCAGAGCAGUGUACAGCGACAGCGACGUGUACCUUCUUGACGACCCACUCAGCGCUCUCGACCCGAUCGUGGCUGGCCACGUCUUCCGGGAUGUUAUUGGGAAAAACGGCCUACUCAGGCAUAAGACGCGAAUCAUGGUGUGCAAUCAAGCAAAGUACUUGCACCACAUGGACAAGCUAGUCUUGGUGGACAAAAGGCGGAUUAAGGUGUACGAGAAACUGGAAGACCUAAUAAAUGAUCCCAUGUCACCACAGAACUUCCGCGAAGUUCUUCAAGAUCAAACAACACGACCCCCCACAAAAAAUGAGACUUGCGGUGACCAAAUUGAGGGCAACGAAGUAGCUGGAAGGAUAACUCAGGAAGAGUUGGGACAGUCUAAUAAGGUGUGGAUCAAGCAGGGAACGGAAUCAACGACAGGCGGCGCCACUACCAGCCUUCCCACUGAGCAGCUAAGCUGGGUGGAAAUCCUUGUGGCGCUGUGCUUGACAGAUGUGGCCUUCCGGGCUGCUGGAAGUGUGCUGUUGGCCAUGUCAGCGCAGCGUCUUUCGCGGUCCCUGCGCAACGACAUGCUGAGUCACGUGCUGCAAAGUCCCGUCACCUUCUUCGACGAGUCGCCACGGGGCCGCAUCCUGAACCGCUUCUCGAGCGACAUCGACUACGCCGACUCGCGCUCUUUCCUCAGCGGCAAGCAGAGCGUCCAGAACACGCUCCUCACCUUCGCCAAGAUCGCCGUCGUCGGCACGCAGGCGCCACUCGUGAUUGGCGUCACGCUUGUGAUGGCCCUGCUAGUGUGCUACGGAUUGUUUGCUGCUGUAAAAGCAUCUCACCGCUGUCGAUACUUCGAGAGCCUGGCCCUGUCCCGUUUGCUGCAGCACGUGACCGAGACCGUGGAUGCGCUGAGCAGCGUGCGAACGUACGGCGUGGUGGACCGCUUCGCACGCCACUUCUACCGGCUGACGGACGCGGUGAUGCGCGGCUAUAUUUGCUUCGGCGCCACUUACGGCUUAGUGCGCACGCUGACUUCGGUGGCCGGAUUCGUCGUGGUCGUGUGCACCCUUCUGAUGACCGUCGUCUUUGCCGGGCCCGGAGGACCCGACCCGGCCAGCUUGGGCCUCGCACUCAGUGCCGCGUGCUCGAUUCCUCUGUCACUGAUGUCGCUGUGCGUCAUGUUGUUCAACGUUCUUCAAAUGAUUGUAUCGUUCGAACGCUGUGUGGAGUACGCUGAGCUUCCUCCUGAAAUCGACGUCCCAGAAAGUAACGAAGGGAGCGAUGUGCCGCCAAUCGAAUUACCAGCUGAGUGGCCUAGCUCCGGAAUGAUCGAGUUCCAAAAUUACUCGGCUUCUUAUCGUCCUGGUGUGCUCCCCGACGUACUGAAGGAUGUCACAUUCGUCGUAAAACCCAUGGAGAAGGUGGGAGUGGUUGGACGCACCGGUGCUGGCAAAUCUUCGCUGGUUCUCGCCCUUUUGCGCAUGCUCAGGCCAUCCGAAGGGCGGAUAAUCAUCGAUGGCGUAGACAUCGCCUACGUGCCUCUUCGGAAGCUGCGCAGGAGCAUUACAGUCAUCCCGCAGGACCCAAGCCUCGUGAGAGGGACUCUGCGAGCAAACCUGGAUCCUACAAACAGCCACUCUGACGAGGACAUCUGGCAAGCAUUGGAACGUUCGCAUCUGUCUAAGGUCGUGUCGUCUGACGCCAGAGGGCUCCUUUUGGAAACUACUGACGGCGGCACAAAUCUCAGCGUGGGGCAGCGGCAGCUGGUGUGCCUGGCGCGGGCUCUUCUGCGUCAAUCCAAGAUCCUCCUGCUGGACGAGGCGACGUCACAGAUGGACGGUGACACUGACCGCCUGAUCCAGGCGACACUGAGGGACGCCUUCGCCAACUGCACACUCUUUACAAUUGCGCAUCGUAUUCACACUGUCCUGGAUUACGACAGGUGA